AUGGAUAUUGCAAGUUUUAGUUCACAUGACAACAGCAGCGACUUCCGCUGGUUCGACUGCAGGACUCCUGCCUUCUUCGUAUAUAUCACAUGUGAAGUCAGCAACAGUGUCCUGGGCUUGUUCUCCAACCUCUGGGUUUUGGUGCUAAUUCUCCAGGACUGGAGACUGCUGGCAGCCCAGGAGAUCUUUGCCCUCAACCUGGCUAUGAUCGAGAUCAUUCACUGUUUGUUGUCACAGAUGCUGGUCCUCAACUACCUCGUGUUAAAAAUAGCAUUUAUCAACAAUUACAGCUGGUUUCUCUAUAUUUUCAACUUCGUCGGGCGGUCUUUAUUCCAGUGUGGAAUGAGUGUGGAGCGCUACAUGGCUGUGGUUCACCCCGCGGUGUUUUUUAAAUACCGACGACUGGGAUACAGGCCACUGUUCCAGUGCUGCAUAUGCUUCGAUCACUACCUGGCAGUGGUGCGACCCGUUGUCUUACUGAAGCUCCACCCUCAAAGAUAUAAGCAGGCUUGCUUGCUCCUGCUGUGGCUGGUAUCCCUGGCCUGUCGGAUUGCAGAGUUCUUCCUGAACAGCUCUUUCCCACUCGUGGCAGUCCUGCUUACCGUUGUGUGCUUGCAGUUGUUCUGUAACAUCUCUGUCCUCAGCGUGCUGAAACGUCCCAGGCCAGGAGACAGCCAGGGAGGCAAGGAUAUUGAGAGGGAACAGGGCAGCAGUAUAAAGAAAAGAGCAUUUGUUAUCAUCUCCCUGCUUCAAGCCAAACUGCUGCUGAAUUACAUGCCUUUGUUUGUAGUUUCUUCUAUCAAACAACUGAUCCCUGACCCAGUACUCAAGAGAAACCUGCUGAUCGCAGUCACAAACAUGUGCUUCCUGGGCACCUUCGUUCAGCCCAUGCUAUACCUACGCAGGAUGGGGAGGCUUUAG